AUGGCCAUAAACCCUGUGGGUCCUGCUAGAGUGACAGGUUCAGCAGUGUUUACCAAGUUCUCCAGUGACUCAGGAGACCAAGACCUUGGGAAGAUACAGUUCACCAAAAUGAGAGCAAGGAUUGCCUAUUUCAUGCUCAUCUCUACCACAGAAGGCUCAGGACUACCCUCGGCUUACCAGCUACUGGCAAAGACUGAAAGACAGCCAGGAAAGAAAAGCCUUGAGGAGAGCUCGUUGCUUCCUGCCUUAGUGUGUACUUUAGAUCAUGAAGCCUGCCUUCACCAAAGGGGCACCAGUGUGCGCAAGGAUGGGGAUGUGGUGAUUGGGUGUCUUCUGUCUCUUUAUUUCUGUAUCUACUAUUCUGGUACCUUGGGUAUAAAGCCUAUUAGAGAAUUCUUUUUCAUUCCGCUGACACCCAGCAACUACCAGAACUACCUGGCCUUCACUUUCGCCAUAGAAGAGAUCAACAGGAAUCCUCAUCUUUUACCCAACAUUUCUCUGGGCUAUGAGUUCCAUACUUUCCUUUACAGUCAUUGGAGGAUACUAGAAAGUUCCUUCAUUUUGCUCACAGGACAACACGAGAUCCCUAAUUACACGUGUGGGAGAGAAAGCAAGUGUGCAGCAGUAGUGACAGAGAUGUCAUGGGGCGCCUCAGCUCAGAUUGGACCACUACUGGAACUCUACAAAUUCCCACAGGUUACCUUUGACUCAUUUGAUCCUACACUGAUUGACAGUGGCCAGUAUCCUUCUCUCUAUCAGGUGGCCCCAAAGGACACAUAUUUGGCCCUCGGCAUGGUGUCCUUGAUGCUUCAUUUCCGCUGGACCUGGGUGGGCCUGCUCAUCACAGAAGGCCAGAAGGGUCUUCAGUUUCUCUCAGAUAUAAGAGCUGAGAUGGACAGGAACAGAGUCUGUGUAGCCUUUGUGAAAAUGGUCUCAACUCUGGCUGUGUCAUAUUUCUCAGUCAUGAAGAAACAUGAUAUCCUGACUGCAGAUACCUCUUCAGCCAAUGUGGUGGUUAUUUACUAUGAUACUGAUAGUUUAAAUGAUAUAAACUACAACAUAGUGCAAAACUCAGUGACAUGGAAAGUCUGGGUGACAAACUCACAAUGGCAUGCUGACCUGUCUGGGAGAGAUUUCAUACUUGACCCAUUACAUGGAAUUAUUAUUCUUUCAAACCACCAUGAAGAGAUUUCAGGUUUCAAACAUUUUGUCCAGGAAGCUACCCCUUUCAAAUACCCAGAGGACACUUAUCUUUUUAUGUACUGGUCCAAGAAUGUUGAUUGCUCAUUGUCUGAGUCUGACUGUGCCUUGAAGAACUGCACACCUAAUGCCUCUGUGGCUUGGUUGCCUGCAAAUCGUUUUGACACAACCAUGAAUGAUAGGAGCUACAAUAUAUACAACGCUGUGUACGCUGUGGCCCAUGCCCUUCAUGCGAUGCUUUUGGAAGAAGUGCAAAGGCCAGUAAUGAGAAAUAGACAAGUGAUGAUGUUUUCCCCCUGGCAGCUGCAUCAUUUUCUGAAGAACAUCCAAUUUCACAAUCCUGCUGGAGACCAAGUGAACUUGGAUGACAGAAGGAAACUGGAUUCAGAGUAUGACAUUCUCAAUUUCUGGAAUUUUCCAGAAGGCCUUAGACUGAAGGUUAAAGUAGGAACAUUUUCUUCACGUGCUCCCCAUGGCCAACAAAUGACUUUAUCUGAGGAUAUGAUAGAGUGGGCCACAGGAACUGCAGAGUGUGUGAAGUGUCCAGAUCAUCAAUAUGCCAACACUCAGAGAAAUUACUGCCUGCAAAAAGCUGUGACUUUUCUGGCUUAUGAAGACCCCUUGGGGAAGGCUCUGGCUGGCACCGCCCUGAGUCUCACUGUCCUCACAGCUGCUGUCCUUGGCCUCUUCGUGAAGCACCGACACACUCCCAUCGUCAAGGCCAACAACCACGCUCUCAGUUAUACCUUGCUCGUCUCCCUCACCUGCUGCUUCCUCUGCUCCUUGCUCUUCAUUGGCCGGCCCAGCACAGCCACCUGCAUCCUGCAGCAGACCACAUUUGGAGUUGUGUUCACUGUGGCAAGGUGUUAA